AUGGAUCAACAGCGUGGUAGAUCACCGUCUGCAGGACAUCAACAGUCUCAUAUAAACCAUGGACACUCGCCUUCGCCGCAGCCGUUCCAAGAAAAUACUAGUUCAGUUGGAUUAGGACUCGCUUUAGAUGCUUCCCCAGGAAACAACAAUUCGCAAUUCUUGCAUGGCAAUUUCUCAAACAACCGCCUUCCUUCAUAUGAGAGCGACGAUUUUCUCGACCAGCAGAAUCCUUCCUUUUCGCAAGGUGGUCUCAGAGACUCCACCUACAGCCCAAGCCAGGAUUUCACCCCGCAGUUCAAGCAGGAAGACCCGUCAUCCCACUACGGCCAACCGCCACAGAGGAGCUUUACACAAGAACUUCUCAGUGCCAAUCUAACUUCUAACUUUAAUGAAGGCGACUUUUCUCUGUUUCCAACACCCAGUGGACAAAGCGAGCAAUUCGAACAGUCCUUUUUCAUGAACGACCCUUCACAAAUUGGAGGUAGCAACGUCAACCCCGCAGAACUGAAUAUGGCUUCACCUCCAAGCCAUACACCGACGCCCCCAGGUCUUCUACAACCCGAUUCCCGCUCUCCCUCAUCGGCCCACCAAUCUCCGUCAUUCAACCAGGGCCAGUUUCAAGCUUCUCCAGGCCACUCGCGAAAUGCUUCGUUGGGACCAGAGAGUGCUGCAUUUCCCCAAGGACAAAAUCAAGUUGAAUGGGGCAUGAUGCCGCCACAGUUCACCACUCAUCGCAGGAGUCCUUCCGAGUAUUCUGACGUUUCUGCAUCCUCCGCAAACCAUUCGCCAAACCUUGGCCACCACGACACCUUCGAUUCAAUAGAACAGCACCACUCCCCAAUGCAGAAUCCCCAGGACGCAAGCUUGUACCAAGAAGUACUUGGUAUCGGAUCUUUCUCUUUGUCUGAUAACCAAGCGCAACAUGCAGCAAGUCCUGGAAGAGGUUUAAGCCCCGCUCAUAGCCCCGCUAUCUCGCCUCGACUUGGUCCUCAACAGCUACCGAACGUCAAUCAGCAAAACUCGUUUAUGCUUGGGAUGAAUAACGGCUUUGGCCCCCCACAAAACAUGUAUGGGGCGCAAGGCCAAGAAUCUUUCCCCCAGAUACAACAGCACGGCGCCGGAUCUGUUGAUAUGGGCCAGGCUCAGCAGAUGGUUCCUCCCGAGAUCAAUGUCGAGUUUGCGCCAACGUCCAGGCAAAAUAGCUUUGAGCCCCCAAAGCCUUCUUUUGACCAAGAUGCAUUGACACCCCCUGACAGAGGUCGUCGCCGUCGAGCUGUUUCAGACCCCUACAAUAGUGCUUCAACUAUGUCACGUCCUCAUACUCCCUCGAGCAUGUCGUCCGGAGUCGGUUCGGAACUCUUAGCUCGCGCCUCUGAUGUUCACCGUUCGUUGUCACCUAACGACCGAACUGGGGCCAACUCUCCCAGUCGACGCCGCCAAUCUACAUCUUCUCUUCCAAACCGCGAUUAUAUUCUGGGUCUUGCGGACCCUGAAUACCAAGCAGCUACUGCUGAUAGUGGAAAUGCCAAACGGAUUCAAAAGCACCCCGCAACCUUUCAGUGUACUCUUUGUCCUAAAAGAUUUACUCGUGCCUACAAUCUUCGGUCUCAUUUACGAACCCAUACUGAUGAGCGUCCUUUUGUCUGUACUGUGUGCGGUAAAGCGUUCGCACGUCAACAUGACCGGAAACGCCAUGAAGGAUUGCACUCGGGGGAGAAGAAGUUUGUCUGUAAAGGAGAGCUUAAGCAAGGAGGGCAAUGGGGCUGUGGUCGUCGCUUUGCUCGCGCUGAUGCGUUGGGCCGACAUUUCCGCUCUGAGGCCGGCCGCAUCUGCAUCAAGCCACUUCUGGAUGAGGAGGCGAUCGAACGCCAACGCGUAUGGCAAGAACAACGCAUGCAACACAAUAUGCACUCGCAGCAGGUUCCGGAACAGAACUUCCCAAUGGACGCGUCAGGAAAUUACACCCUACCGGCUGCAUUACUCGCCCAAUAUCCCGCGCUUGCAACUUUGAGCUGGGGUGAGAUACCACAAGGGGAUGUUGGAAUAGAUGAUGAGGCAAGUUCUGGAGCCAGGUCUUCCUUUGACGCUUCGGGGUCUGAAUACUACGAUGAAGGUGAUGAAGGUGGUGGAUAUGUCUCAAGCGGGCCGGGGCCACAACAGGGUUUCGGCCAGGGGCAGAUGAACGUCGGUUACAACGGUUAUUCGAGCGAUAUUGGAGCUCGCUAG